AACCUUGACAUGCAAAUGUUUAUCUCUAAAUCAAAACUAUAGUUUAACGGUUUUGUCGUGGAGUGUAAACAACGUGUUAUGUUUGUAGUUUAGUCAAGAUAUGUCAUAAUUUCAAAAUGGAGGACGUCUAUACAAUUAAAGUGAAAACAAAGCCAGACACGAGGAAUCUUUAUCCGUCUGAAAGGAGAUAUUCAGCGUCCACUGUUUCUGGACUAGCCUGGGUGCACAUCGCACUGGCAUCUACAGCUUUUCUCCUAGCUUGCCUUGCCUUAGUAAACCCGAACGCUGAUGUACAAGUAAAAAACGACACAAGGUCGGACAAUACAACGGAUAUAUUAGAGGAUUCGAGUAGUACUACAUAUAUACUUAUUUUAGCGCCUACUUUACUUACCAUUUUCGCGUUAGGCGCUGGCAUAGCGUCCAUUUUAGCCUCUGUGAGAUGGUAUAUAGAUAGGAACAUAACCUGGCUAUUUGUUAUGUCAACUUUGUCGACAAUUUUCGCGUUUAUAUCCUUCAUUAUGAUAAUUGUGUGGUUGAUUACCGGCGAGGACGAUGUAUCCGAUUUUUAUAAAGACAAGAUACCUUUCAAAGAUAUUAUAAUAAUUAAACAUGCGGAUAUAAUCGACAGGAAUGAAUCUCAUUUCAUUAUACCGAGGAAUUCGACGGAAUUUAAAUAUGAGAAUUCGAAACUAUUCACUAAACGCGUGCUAUCAAUAAAUAUACUGAUUGCGGCGUUUCUUGAACUACUCUGGUCGAUUUUAAGCGUUAAAAUAUCUUACAAAGGUAUGAGAAAUAAUUACAAGGAGGAUGAUGAAAGACGCGGGAAUUGCGUCUCUGUUGUGACCAAAAUUAAAGGUAAUAACACAAACAAGCUACCGCGCAACGGUAAGUUCAUUCCGAAACAGGACCUCAUCGACAACUACCCGAGUAGGAAGAUAAAGAGGAUAUUUCUAGCUCAGAACGACGGCGGAUUUUAUUUAAAAAAUCAAAAUAACAAAAUGAAACAAAACACGGAGACAAGUUCAGAAUUUUACAAGGAAAGGAUGAUUAACUUCUUGAAUAAAUGCGCUGAGGGUGUCAGCAAUUCGGACAUUAGGACACCUAGCAUACAAUCCGAAGCUGUUCUGAACCCUAUACCAGAAGUAUCAAGCACCGACAUAAGCGUAGACGCUAAGCAAGAGAAGGAAACCAGUCGAGUAACUCCAGUUAGUUGGGGAGAUGCCUCCGAUCAUACAGUUUACAAUCAAAACACGUUAAAUUUGGAAAAAAUAUUCAAUUUUAGGAAGAAGGAAAAUGCCGAUAAAAAUGGCGAAAUUGAAAAUAAUGAGAUUAAUUAAUACUAUAGAUAGAUAAUUAAUAACUAAGACUGAGAACUUACGUUAUUUUAGCUAUUUCGUCAGUAGUGUCAGCGGAUAUUGCUAAUUUUUUGAGAUGUUUAUACUUAAGUGAUAUGUGUGACAUAUGUGACAGUGAGUGCUAAAAUAGAGCUUAUACGAUAUACCACAUUUUUGUAAUUAAAUCAAUAUGUCUAUUAUAUUUAAAGAAUUUUUUUUUGUAAUAUAUUUUCGAUGAUUUUCGGAUUUGUGAGUUGAUGAUUAAUUUUUUUGACCAAGUCCUCUGUUAUUCCUCAUUUUUCACAUCGCUAAGGGAAAUUUUAUGAUGACUUUGCUACAAUUUUUUGAAAAUUUCUCUCAAAAAAUCAUAAUCGGUA